CUAUGCUCUUUCUGUAUAUUACACCUCCUGGUGUCUGCUAAUGCAUUGGUUUGGCCAACAGAAAAAUGUUCUUUAAAGCAGUCUUUCACGCUUGGAAACAGGUACAGAUUUGAUCUUAUCGUACUAACUUUGGGAGGGAAGCCUGUUGGAACUUGGAAACUACUCCUAAAACCCAUUAAAGAGAGAGAAAGUACAGAACAGAGAGAGAGAGAGAGAGAGAGAGAGAGAGAGAGAGAGAGAGAGAGAAAACUUUUUGAAAGAGAGGAAAUACAGUUGCUGGGCGUGGGAGGUAAGAGCUAGAGAGGGAAAAUCUAGAGAGAGAGAGAGGGAGGAUGUUUGCAGCUGAGAAUGGACUCAAGGGAGACCCAAGGCUUCAAGCCAUUUCUGAAGCCAUAAGCGUCAUCCCUCACUUCCCAAAACCAGGGAUAAUGUUUCAAGAUAUAACAACUUUGCUACUAAAUCACAAGGCAUUCAAGGACACUGUGGACAUCUUUGUGGAGAGGUACAGAGACAUGGGGAUCUCUGUUGUCGCUGGAAUUGAAGCUAGAGGAUUCAUGUUUGGUCCAUCUGUCGCCUUAGCCAUUGGUGCAAAGUUUGUUCCAUUACGUAAACCUGGAAAGCUGCCUGCUAAAGUAGUAUCACAAGCUUAUGAGCUAGAGUAUGGUACUGAUUGUCUCGAGAUGCAUAUUGAUGCUAUUCAGCAUGGGGAACGGGCAGUGGUAAUUGAUGAUUUAGUUGCUACAGGAGGGACCCUCUCCGCAGCAAUGAAACUUUUAGAAUGUAGGGGGGGCGAAGUUGUUGAAUGUGCUUGUGUUAUUGGGUUGCCUGAUGUCAAGCGGCAGCCAAGACUUAAUGGAAAGCCACUUUAUAUUCUUGUGGAGCCACGGGAAAUGGAACAUAGCUGCUCAGAUCUGCGGGUGUGCUUGGGGUGA